AUGGCCGGCGACUGGCCUCCGGCAGCCGCCGACCGCCUAUGGCCUCCUGCAGCCGCCGACCGCCUAUGGCCACCGGCACCGGCCACUGGUGUGGUGGCUGCUGAUGAAGGAUUUUUAGUGUCUUUCUAUUGUUGCAGAUCUGAAAUAAAAAACGAAGGGGAGAAGAUUGCAACUGCGAAGCACACUCGAAUUCUAUUUUUCUUUGUCGAUGUUGAAUCUGAACGUAAGGUUGCUGACAAUAGGUGUGAGAGGUUAAAGACGUCACUGCCUGAGACUCUGGCCUACUUUUACCCUCUAGCAGGGAGAGUCAAAGACAAUGCAAUAAUUGAAUGUAAAGAUGAAGGUGUUGAGUUUUGUGAGGCUCAUGUCCAUGGCUUCCUCGUACAAAUCCUUAAACGACCAGACAAUGACACUAUACAGCAGUUUGUGCCAGACGACGACGACGACGACGAUGAUGAUGCUGAGUUCGGAAAUGGGUUUUUGUUGAAAGUUCAAGUGAAUCUGUUCGAUUGUAGAGGUUUGGUAAUUGGUGUGUCCUCAUCUCACAAAAUUGUUGAUGCUUCAACAAUUGCUUCAUUCAUCAAAGCAUGGUCUUCUAUAUCUAUUGGGUGUAUCACUGAGUCAACGAUUCCGAAGUAUUGUCUGGGAUCUCUUUAUCCUUCUAUGGAUUUUCUGACUGUUCUAUCGCCUUUUGAGGCAGGGGACUUCAAUUGCAUCCCAAAAAGUUUUGUUGAGAAAGUUCAAAUCUUGAAUCAGAAUAUUUUUGAACCCUGA